GAAGCCGUCGCACGCCGCCAUUUUGCGUGAAAAUUUGUUAUUCCGCGGUAUUGAUGUGAUGUGAUUUUUCGCAAAAAACAAACUGAAUAGUGAUGAAGACUUAGUGAUUUGUGUUCAAGGAUUAUUUAGCUAACAAUGGGUGAGGAAUAUAUGGAAACGCAAACGGCGCAACCUACGUUGAACGAACUUGUACAGCAGCAGAGUAGGAGUAGUGAACUGAGUUUGACUGAGGCUGUGGAUCCUUCUAAAGAAUAUGGAGGAGAUAUGCUCGGUUUUGAGGAUGGUCCUUUCGACGAUGAAGACGUCAACAGCUUUAGAGGAAAUCGAGGACGAGGCAACUUCAGACGCGGCGGUAACAGAGGCCCACCGCCAGCUUGGAUGAACGGGCCGCCACCCCCGAUGCGGUUCCGCGGCCGCGGCUACGGGCCCGGCGGCCCCCCCAUGCGGGGCCGGGGCUUCUUCCGCGGCCGCGGCGGGCCCCGCUUCGGGCCGAACAACGGGCCGAACUACGACAACAACUGGGGGCCGAUGGGGCCGCCUCCGCCGGGUAUGAUGGGCGGCCCCCCUCCGUUUGGACCCCCGCCGGGGAUGAUGCCGCCGGGGGGGCCGAUGGGACCGCCUCCCAAUAUGAUGGGGCAGCCGCCUCCGUUUGGCGGUCCGCCCGGCAUGCCUCCGCCUAAUAUGCCCGCACCAGAAAUCUGGGUGGAGACCAAGAGCGAAGACGGCAAGUCUUACUACUACCACUCGCGGACGCGCGAGACCACCUGGACGCGGCCGCAAGAGGGGCCCGCGCUGAAGGUCGUCCCGCAGGCAGAGAUGGAGGCUAUGGUGCAGGCUGGUAAGUGGCACUUACUGUACAAGUGUAGGCUAUGUCAAAUCCCCGGCGCGCAGAUGAACCCCAACCAGAUGGCCAACACCAACAUGAACAUGAUGCCGAAUGGCGUCAUGAACACCAAUUUUAUGAAUCAGCCGCCCCCGUGGAUCAAGGAGCAAGUGGACGCGGCUCUAGCGGCUAAGGAGAAGGAAGCGGCCAGCAGCGUUCUCGCCGCCGAAGCGGACGAAAUGCCUCCUGGGGAGGCGGCGCCCGGUACUAUGCCGCCCGGCAGUAUGGUGAACUACGCAGCCAUGGCAAGCCAGCAGGCCAUGGGACAGCCACCCAUGGCGGGUCCACCGGCCAUGGCAGGACAACCGCCCAUGGGACAACCGCCCAUGGGAGCGCAAGCUAUGCCGGGACAGCAGUACGGCCAGCCCGGCUACCCCGGCUGGCCUGGCUGGGGCGCGUGGCCCCCGCCGCUCGGGCCCCCCGGGUCGUUGGCCCCCGUUGCUCAGACUGCCCCUGGCGCGGCAACACAACUGCCGGCGGGCGGCGGGCUGCCGCCGCAGCUGGGCGUGCCGCCGGAACUAACUGGCGAGGCGCCGCCGCACAUGCCGCCGCCGCAUAAGGAGGAAGUGGUAAUCCCCACAAUCCCCCCGGAACUCAUAGCCUUAGCCGGGGAAUGGACGACGCACCGCGCGCCGGACGGUCGUCCUUACUACUUCAACAGCGACAAGCAGGAGAGCGUUUGGGAGAAGCCGCAGUGUAUGAAGGAUCUGGAAGAACUUCAAACCAAGAUCGCAUUGGCCAAGGGUGAGAGACCUCCAAGGAAGAAUAAGUUUGACCUCAACAUCGAUGAAAGUACACUAGAAGCGAUUCCGCCGCCAGUGAUCGACGUGGAUGCCCACGACGAAGCGGUGGCCGAAGCGGAGCGGAAAGCGGCAGCGGAGCGCGAGCGAGCGGAGAAGGAGAAAGCGGAGAGGGAGCAAGCGGAGCGCGAGCGAGCGGAGAAGGAGAAAGCGGAGAAAGAAAAAGCGGAGAAAGAGAAAGCUGAUAAAGAAAAAGCGAAGCAAGAUAAGAGUCGGCCGAUAUCCAGCAGUAUGGUGAACUACGCAGCCAUGGCAAGCCAGCAGGCCAUGGGACAGCCACCCAUGGCAGGCCCACCGGCCAUGGCAGGACAACCGCCCAUGGGACAACCGCCCAUGGGGGCGCAAGCUAUGCCGGGACAGCAGUACGGCCAGCCCGGCUACCCCGGCUGGCCUGGAUGGGGCGCCUGGCCCCCGCCGCUCGGGCCCCCCGGGUCGUUGGCCCCCGCCGCUCAGACCGCCCCUGGCGCGGCAACGCAAUUGCCGGCGGGCGGCGGUCUGCCGCCGCAGCUGGGCGUGCCGCCGGAAUUAACCGGCGAGGCGCCGCCGCACAUGCCGCCGCCGCAUAAGGAGGAAGUGGUGAUCCCUACAAUCCCCCCGGAACUAAUAGCCUUAGCCGGGGAAUGGACGACGCACCGCGCGCCGGACGGCCGUCCCUACUACUUCAACAGCGACAAGCAAGAGAGUGUGUGGGAGAAGCCGCAGUGCAUGAAGGAUCUGGAAGAACUUCAAACCAAGAUCGCCUUGGCCAAGGGUGAGAGACCUCCAAGGAAGAAUAAGUUUGACCUCAACAUCGAUGAAAGUACACUAGAAGCGAUUCCGCCGCCAGUGAUCGAUGUGGAUGCCCACGACGAAGCGGUGGCCGAAGCGGAGCGGAAAGCGGCAGCGGAGCGCGAGCGAGCGGAGAAGGAGAAAGCGGAGAGGGAGCAAGCGGAGCGCGAGCGAGCGGAGAAGGAGAAAGCGGAGAAAGAAAAAGCGGAGAAAGAGAAAGCUGAUAAAGAAAAAGCGAAGCAAGAUAAGAGUCGGCCGAUAUCCAGUACGCCUAUCUCCGGCACGCCUUGGUGCGUGGUAUGGACUGGCGAUGGUCGAGUGUUCUUCUACAACCCGACCGCGCAUUCGUCCGUCUGGGAGCGGCCGCAGCAGCUGUUGGGAAGAGCCGACGUUGAUAAGGCGCUGGCACACCCGCCAGCCGCGCUGCAGACGCAGAAGAAGGAGGCCCAAGUGACAUCCACCACGAAGGCGGCCAAUGGCGAGCUGAAGCGGCCGCCUGACACGGACAGCGACGACACCGCUUCCCCGCCCAAGAAGAACAAGACGGACGACGGCAAGAAGGGCACGAUCGACGUGGGCAAGGACGCGGCCAUGGAAGCGGAGAUGCGAGCCGCCCGCGAGCGCGCCGUCGUGCCGCACGAGCAGAGACUGCGCGCCUUCCUGCAGAUGCUGCACGAGAAGGACGUGUCCGCGUUCAGCGCCUGGGAGAAAGAGCUGCAUAAGAUUGUCUUCGACCCGCGCUAUCUCAUGCUCGACGCGAAGGAACGGCGGCAGGUGUUCGACCAAUACGUGCGUGACCGGGCCGAGGAGGAGCGCAAGGAGAUGAAGAACCGGCUGCAGCAGAAGAAGCUCGCCUUCCGCGCGCUCAUGGAGGAAGCCAAGCUGCAGGCCAAGUGCGUGGUAUGGACUGGCGAUGGACGAGUGUUCUUCUACAACCCGACCGCGCAUUCGUCCGUCUGGGAGCGGCCGCAGCAGCUGUUGGGAAGAGCCGACGUUGAUAAGGCGCUGGCACACCCGCCAGCCGCGCUGCAGACGCAGAAGAAGGAGGCCCAAGUGACAUCCACCACGAAGGCGGCCAAUGGCGAGCUGAAGCGGCCGCCUGACACGGACAGCGACGACACCGCUUCCCCGCCCAAGAAGAACAAGACGGACGACGGCAAGAAGGGCACCAUCGACGUGGGCAAGGACGCGGCCAUGGAAGCGGAGAUGCGAGCAGCCCGCGAGCGCGCCGUCGUGCCGCACGAGCAGCGCCUGCGCGCCUUCCUGCAGAUGCUGCACGAGAAGGACGUGUCCGCUUUCAGCGCCUGGGAGAAAGAGCUGCAUAAGAUUGUCUUCGACCCGCGCUAUCUCAUGCUCGACGCGAAGGAACGGCGGCAGGUGUUCGACCAAUACGUGCGCGAUCGAGCCGAGGAGGAGCGCAAGGAGAUGAAGAACCGGCUGCAGCAGAAGAAGUUAGCUUUCCGAGCGCUUAUGGACGAAGCUAAGCUGCAGGCCAAGUCGUCAUUCAGCGAGUUCUCAUCGAAACACGGGCGCGACGACCGCUUCAAAGCCAUCGAGAAGCCGCGCGACCGGACGACCUACUUCAACGAGUACAUCGCCGAGCUGCGCAAGAAAGAGAAGGAGGAUAAGGAGAGGAAGAGAGAGCAGCGCGACCACAAGACACGCUCAGCCCGCGUUAACAGCACAUGAGUCGGAAUCGCAAUCGGAACGCCGGGGCGGCGCCGGCCGGCGGCGUGGCGCGCGCUCCGAUGGAACUGCUACGGUGACUAUCUUGUUAUAAAAGGGACGGGUUGCCAGAUGUGCUCGGGUAA